GUUGGUUCUGUUUUGUUGGCGUUACUGAUUUUCGUCUGUCUGUCUGCCAUAUUGCAUUUGUGUUGAAUGCAGUUUAAUGUAGAAGCAAGACGCGUUUAAUAAAUACUUAUAUCUGGCUGCUGGGUGCUCUUGUAGACAGAGUUGAUUUGGAAGAUCGCAAAAAUGACGGCCCACGAUCAGAUGCGAGCAAUGUUGGACCAGCUAAUGGGCACCGGAAGAAACGGUGAGAACAAUAAGUUUCAGGUGAAAUUCAAUGAUCCUAAAGUCUGCAAAUCCUUCUUGCUGGGAUGCUGCCCUCACGAAAUUCUAACCUCCACGCGCAUGGACCUCGGAGAAUGCCCCAAGAUUCACGACCUCGCCUUGAGGGCUGAUUUUGAGAAAGCGCAGCAAUCCAAGGAUUACUUUUACGAUUUGGACGCUAUGGAACAUUUGCAAGCUUUCAUUGGUGAUUGUGAUCGACGCACCGAAUCCGCCAAGCAGAGAUUGGCUGAGACUCAAGAAGAACUCAGCGCUGAGGUGGCGGUCAAGGCGAACAGCGUUCACGAAUUGGCUGAGCAAAUUGGUCAGAAGUUGGCUAAAGCUGAACAAUUGGGAGAGGAAGGUUUCGUCGAAGAGAGUAUGAAGUUGAUGGAAGAGGUCGAUGAAUUAAGAAAAAAGAAGCUGGAAGCUGAACAGGAAUAUAGAAAUUCAAUGCCUGCUAGUAGCUACCAGCAACAAAAGUUAAGGGUGUGCGAAGUGUGUUCAGCUUAUCUAGGCAUCCACGAUAACGACAGACGAUUGGCCGAUCAUUUUGGAGGAAAAUUGCAUUUGGGAUUUAUUAAAAUUCGUGAGAAACUUUCUGAAUUGGAGAAAACAUCUGAGAAACGUAAGGAGGAGAAGAGGAACGUUACUAGAGAUAGGGGUGGCGACCGCGAGAGAGAUCGUGAGGAACGCUACCGUGAAAGACAUAGGGAACAGUACGUAGGAGGAAGGGAGUUGGACAGGAGGUCAAAAAGGCAUAGGUCUAAAUCCAGGGAACGCAGAGAUAAGGACAAGGAUAAGGAUAGCAGGAGUAGAAGCUAUAGAUCCAGGUCCCGCAGUAGGGAUCGCCGUUCCCAUUCCAGGCACUCCGGAUCCGGCAAUGACAGACGAAGAGAUAGGGAUUAAAAUAUCGAGUUGAUAAUUUUAAACAACAGAUAUACCAUGUUUGAGAACUCUUCGGACCUUCCCCUUCCCCCAUAACUAAAUAUUUAAAAUGAUUGAUUACCUUCUCCGCUGGUGAGAUUGUUAGAGCUGCACCAAUUCUCUUCUAUUCAUAUAAUAUGUACAAAUGAAUUAUUUGUUUUAGACACAAGCAGGAUCUUUUUUUUUUCAAUUUUG